UGCUUUAGGGCGGGGCUACCUUGUGAUUGACAGGUCGCUACCAGAGCCAUAAGCGUCUUCUCUAUCCCCAAAUAUGGUCCCUUACGUUCACUGGUUGCAAAAAAACAGGAUGGCAACUGGAGGCUUCCAGACCUCAGUCCACAAACCAAUGGGUGACGUCCCGUGACGUCAAGACGACUAUGUCCACUUCUUAUAUGCAGUCUAUGUGCUCUACAUGGUAGGGAGGAGGUUGGCUUGGAUGGAUGGUCAAAAAAACACAGGACUUUUACCCAGCAGACCGACAUUCUUGUUCCGUGUGAAACCAAAAUCAAGUUGACUUAUUUUAAGUAACAUAUGUAAGUUGAGUUAUGUAACGCAACAUUGCGCAACAUGCUAAACUUAUGUUGCAUAGGUAACAUAAUCUACUGAACUACGUAAAAAACAACUAAUUUUAAUCCAAAUCACAAUCUUCCCUUUAACCUAACCAAGUUGUUUUCUGUUUAUUUUGAGAAAGACAGUGUAUGCAUGUAACAAGCAGAACUUUACGCAUGCGAAACUGAUAGUAGAGGGCUACCUUCUGUUGAGCAUUAGUUUGAAGCGUAAGACCAAUGACCAAACUGCCUUAUUUAAUGAAUUAGGAGUGAGAAAGUAUUGACCCUGGAAGAUAUUCAUGGUGUUGUGCCAAGUAUGAAAAUUGAACUUGAACUUAACAUCCUGCCUAUUGGCAUUAUAGGAGAGAUGGGGCAUAACAUAUUCACUGUGAUCCUCUGAAAUUUAAGUAAUUUCAGGUUCAUUCCAUUUUACUCAUCGUCCUUUGCAGCAUGUGGUCUUUAAUAUACAUCGAAAUUCAGCAGGACAAUCACAAAAGAGAAUACCAGAACCCACCUGUAGCUGACAUUACAAUGGCCCAGUUGAUGAACUUUCACACUGAACUGAUUAAAAAGAAAACUCCUCCACUUUAAGAUCAAGGGUGUUGUUUUUUUGUAAAAACUAUAGUUAAGUGCAGCUGCAGCAUUUUACUGGGGUGGGGGUUAAAAACGACUCACAUUGCUCUGGAUGUCAGAAUCACCCCACCUGCCCUAAAGGGCAUCCCAAAGGGGCUCCAGAGUGUAUAUAUUGAGUAUAUACAGUUUUAUUGCUGUGGGUGCACUUCACACGUUUCACCUGUGACCUGUGAGAUGACCCCGGUGACAUCGUCCGGGGUCAUCUCAGGGAGUAAUAACCCUUAAGAAACACAGCAGUCAGACAGUUAGCCACAGCUAUUUGUAAGAGAAAGGGAAAAUGAACGGCAAAAUGAUGACCUACAUUGCUUUCUGUUAUUGUCAACAUAUUAGAUACGACUUUACCUCCAAAUAAGUACUUUCUGUAAUCUGGUUUUACAACCUGUCUCAUCGUCUGUUUCUUCUCCUGUCAAGCUGCGUUGUAGUAACGUCACAAAGGCAUGGAGUCACACCACUCGUUAAUGUAACACUUGGCCCAGGUAGCCAAUCAAAUCAAGCAAGAGGCGGGCUUUACUACCUAACCACUUCCUUUCUCUUAUUAUGCCAGUAGAACGUUAAGUAGGAACGUUAGUACAGUGGCAAAUACAGACGAAAGGCUGAUAUUAGCUGUAUUUAAUGAGGAUGAACUUGGUGUGAUCGUGGCCAAAUAGUUGAUUAAUGAUUUUGAAUGUGAUUUUUUUAAUUUUUUCAGAAAAGUCACACCUCCGUCCUUUAUCUUGCACAGGUGGAAUGGCUGAAAAACGAAGAGCUGCUGACUUCCCUGACCGACGACAACAUUGACACCCGCGCCGACCACAACCUCAUCAUCAACGAGGCGCGACUGUCCGACUCGGGCAACUAUACCUGCCUGGCCAGCAACAUCGUGGCUAAGAGACGCAGCGCCACGGCCACUGUGAUAGUCUUCGUGAACGGUGGCUGGUCCCUGUGGACGGAGUGGUCGCCCUGCAAUGUGCCGUGUGGGCGGGGUGUCCAGAAGCGAUCUCGAACCUGUACUAACCCGGCGCCUCUCAACGGCGGGGCUUUCUGCGAGGGCAUGUCUGUACAGAAGAUCACCUGCAACGCACUCUGCCCAAUUGACGGAGGCUGGGACAAGUGGAGCGAAUGGACCGUGUGCAGCAGCCAGUGCGAGAAGCUGCGGAGCAGGGAAUGCAACUCCCCAGCACCCAGACACCGAGGCAAGAUGUGCGAAGGGAACAGUGAGGCCACUGAGAACUGCACAGAUGGACUGUGUACCCAGAAUCGAAAGCUGCUACAUGAUGUUAAACCUCAAAGUAUGGACAGCUCCAAUGACGUCGCCCUGUACUCGGGCCUGGGAGCCGGCAUCAUUGCCGUGGCGAUCCUCGUGGUGGCCGUCAUGCUGUACAGGAAGAACCACAGCGAGUACGGCGUGGAUGUCAUCGACUCCUCCGCGCUCACCGGGGGUUUCCAGUCCUUCAACUUCAAGACCACCAGACAAGGUAAGAGAAAGAGAGAGGGCCAUCGACUCCACACCGGUGACCACGAGGCCAAAAAGGCAGCGUCAUCAAUGCCCUCCGCGACAGGGCCACGCCGGUGAUUGAUGCCGUUUGCUUGCAUCUGGCGGCAUGGCGUGCAGCCUCCAUAUCUGCUUAGGAUCUAUACUUCCUCAACCAGUGAAAGGACCUGUCGUAUUUUGACAGACCUGCUUCUCUGUUGUCGUGAAACAGACGAUAAUCAAUAUUCAACGGCGACCGGCGACGCUCCACCCCCGCGCCACGGACCAUGCAUUUGACUGGCAACUAGUCUCCUCCGUCAGAUUACACUGGCCUAAACCACUGAUGGAUCAAUGUGAGGGGUAUGGAACGGUGAACAUCAAUUCAAUUUUUUGUUGUGCACAGCAAUAACUUCUGUUGGUGAUGCGACUGGGGCUGUCCCCGCAGGCCCUGCAGGCAUUCACAUUACUGUCACUGACAUUUCUGGGUUAGCUCAAGUGAUAGCCAUCGUGGCGACGGGCGAUACAUCUUCGCCUCGGUCACGAGCACUGCCGGGGGCCCACACUCUGCCCUCGGCUCCCCUCCCCCCCAAGGCCCGAGAGUCGGUCGAGGGGUGGGGGGGAUUGGGAGGUGGUAGGAGCCGGGUCUACAUUCAGCAGGUCAUCAAUCCUAUUUAAAUAGGCCAGCCUACCUGCUUUGCCUUCCACCGGCUACAAUCACUCCUUUCCAUUUUCCUCUCCGUGGCUCCCCGUAAAAUGUGGAACACUUCGUCAGCCCCACUUUGCUCUGGAGGAAGUUGUUGAGGCAUUUUAUAUUAGCCUACUUCUGCAGUGAUUGCAUUGUUUUUAGCUGUCCUUUUCAUAAACAUAGCAGGAAGGGGGGGGUCUCUAA